AUGGCAGCUGCACCAGCCGAGCCAGCAGCAGCAGCAGCAGCAGUGGACGGGGCUGGGCAGAUGGGAGAAGCGAUGGGGGAGGCGCAGGAGGAGGGCAAAGCGGAGGUGCGCUGGGAUGACCCGGGAAGGGCACCAGGGGCAGGAGCAGAGAGCAGACAGGGGCGCGAGGGGGGUGGGGGCGGAGGGGAAGGGGGGAAAAUGGAGCAGGAGGGCCAGGGAAUCCUCCAAGGGGUGGUGAGCGGGAGAGGGAGGGCAGUGGGAGGGGAAGAGGAGGGUGGCAGCGGGGAGGUGUCAGCAGGGGUGCAGCAGAUGAUAGGCGAGGCGCAGCAGAGGGCACAUGCCAUGGUGUCCGCUGCCCUGCACGCCCUCUCCCUCUGCCCGCCCACCGCUGACCCCUCGCUGCUCCUCUCGCAUGCUCUCUCCUCCCUCCCUCCGCCACACAUUCCCCCACCUCACUUCCCCUCGGCUCCACCCAUCUUCACCCCUGCAACUGGUAUCCCCCCACCCACCACCAUGCCUCCUGCGGCUCUUGCCGCUGCUCCAUCUGCUCCUCUUGCUGCUUUCUCUGGUCCUCUUGCCACUGCUCCAAUGCAGCCAUUGCACCCACACGGAGCACCACAGGCAACUCAACAGGCACCAGAGCAACAACACCACCACCCAUCACCCUUCCUUGCUGCCCCUGCGGCCCCAUCUGCUGCACCUGCAGCUGAUGCAGACAUCAUGCGACACCGCACUGAACCUCACCACACCGUAUCACAACACCCUGCACCGGUUCCUCCAUACGCUCCGCGCCCUGUGCCCCUCCCUGCCAGCACCCCACCCCCCCAUGCCUCGCGCUACCGCCUGCUGCAACUCACCCCCCAGGGCCCCGCCCUCAGAAGCCCCGGCAAGCACCCCUGCCCCGUGCAAGGUGCAGGGGGAGGAGCAGCAGGGGCAGGGGGAGCAGGGGGAGCAGGGGGGGCAGAGGGAGCAGGGGGGCGGUGGGAGGAGGGGGUGGGGGCGAGGGGGCUGCUGUGUGCGUCGGAGGAGGGCGGGCUGUCAGUGACGACGGGCACCACAGGGGGUUCUGAGGCCGAUGCUGUCACCACCGGGCGUGAUGCCCUCGAUGCCCGUGCUGCCCCACCUGCUGCUGUCGACACUCGUACCCGUUUUGGUGCUGAUGCAGCAGCAGCUGCGGCUGCUGCUGCCGCAGCUGCGGCAGUCACGGGUGGGGGUGCUGCAGGCGCUGCAACGGGUGGUGAUGGCAGGGUAGCGUCAGGGGCAGUGGCGGAAGAGGGGGAGAGGAGGGAAGGCGAUGGUGGAGGACAACACAAGGAGAGAGGCGACCUUGCCCACCCUGCCACACCCGCCACUGCACUGGCGCCAACAGCUGCUGUGCCGGCCCCCGCACUAGCUGCCUCCCCAGAGCACCACCGUGUGCUCUUCUCCCCCUCCCCCCCUUCCGCCGCCAGCCCCCCCUCCCUCCCCCCCGCCUCCCCCACAGCCACCCUGCCUGUCUUCCCCCCCGCCACCUGCUCCCCUGAUGCACGCACAGCACCAGCAGCAGCGGCAACAGCGGCAGCAGCAGCGGGUGCAGGAGCAGGAGCAGCAGCGCAUGUGAUCAGCCCCCACCGGUCCUCCACCACCAAGGCCAGACCGCCCCCUCACACCCUCCGCCCCCCCGCCUCGUCCCCCUUUCCCACCUCCCCUCCAGACAGCACUGCGCGUGCUGGGGGUGGUGAUGGUGGGGAAGGGGGGGCCGGGAAGGAGGGGCCGCAUGAAGCAGCAGUGGCGCAUGGGGUGGGGGGAGGGAAGAGGGAGGAGGAGGGGAGUCGGAGGGAGGAGAGGGAAGGCUGUGGCAGUGGAGGUGCGGAAGGGCAGGUUCGGGCUUCUGGUGCGGCAGGGGACGUGCGGACGGUCAUGCAGCAAUGCCUCGCCUCCCUGCUGCUCGUUCAGCGGGUAAUACUUGAGUGGACGCACCACGGCGCGGGGCGGAGGGAGUUGAUUCGAGCGGGCGCGGGGAGGGGCGGAGCGAUGUCGCGCGUGUGGGUGGCGGGCGCGCUGGCGGCGUACGCGGCGCUGAGCGCCGUCUGUUUCGGGCUGCACCUCAACAUCAUGCACGCGCACCUGCAGCACGGCGCGCACUCGCUCGCCCGCCAAUGGCCCGCCUCUGCGCCGCUCCCGCCGGCGCAGCUGCAGGUGCAUCCGCCGGCCGCGGCGGCAUCCGCUGCGCAGACUUCCGAGGCGGCAGCGGAGCAGCCGUCGGCGACGGUGGUGGUGCCGGCGGCGACCGCGGCAGGGAGCGGCAGCGCGGGGCAGGAGGGCGCGCGGGCGGAGGGAGGCGAGGUGACUGCGGCGGAGAGGAGGCAGGGAAGCGAGCAGGCGGGACCGGGACGCGUGGCGGCGUCUGAGGGGCCGGCGGUGGACGCGUCGGCUUUGUGGCUGGCGUCGUUCCGCCACAUGUCGGAGUCCGUCGAGUCCGCCGCCGCGCUCUACAACCUGCUGCUCUGCGCGCUGCUCCUCGGCGUCGUCGGCGCUAAGGAGUUGUUUCUGGGCGAGCUAUCGCUGCUAGAGAUGCACAAGCUGGCGGAGCGACUCAUCGGCCACUUCUCCUUCAAGCUACUGCUGCUGCUAUCACUGGUGGACGUGCUGGUGGUGCAGCCCGUGUGGCUGCUGUGGUUCGCCGCUGUCACCGCCAUCAAGAUGUUCGGGGUGGUGGGCAAGGAGCGGUCGCAGCGCCUGAGUGCAUCACCGUCCGCACGGCCCUCGUCGCACCUGCGCACGCUCGCGCUGCUGCUGCUCGUGCUGCUCGCCAACCUGCUGCUCGCCGUGUGUCUGCUCCCCUUCUUCGCCCCAGCCUCCCCUGCCUCCUCGCCAUCCGCAUCGCGCAAUGUCAUGUCGCCCUGGCCGCGCCUCUCCGUGGGGCUGCUGUUCGCCUACGAGCCGCUCGUCAUCGCCAUCGACACCACCCAGACGUUGCUGCACUACUGCGUGCAUCUGCUCGAGGCCCACUCCGACCUCCUCGCCGCACACCUGCCGCCCGCCCUGCCGCUCACCUCCCUCCUAGCGUCCUGUGAGUGGGCGGAGCUGCGCUCCUGGCUGCUCUUCAACGUCUCGUUCACCGCAGACGCCUCCUCCACGCUGCUCACCCUCGCGCACUGCGCGCUCGUGCUGCUCAUCCGAGGCUUCUCCUUCUCAGUCAUCGACCUCGUGCUCGUCUUCAACAUACGGACACUCCUCGCCGCCCUCUCCAAGCGCGUGGCCGGCUUCCUUCGUUGGCACGCCGCCCUCCGCCUCCUCCGCUCCACCUUCCCGGACGCCACUCCAGCUCAAAUCACCGCCUUUGCGGACGACUGUGCCAUUUGCCGCGAACCUUUAUCGUCCGCCAAGCGUCUCCCCUGCGGGCACCUGUUUCACCUGUCGUGCCUGCGGAGUUGGCUGGAGCACGGGUCGCAAGCGCCCUACUCCUGCCCCACCUGCCGCCGCCCGCUUGACAGCCUCCCCCCCAACGUGCUCUCGUCCCUCUCCCCUCCGCCCCAGCCCCCCCCCGCUGCUGCUGCUGCUGGGGUUGCUGCGAAUGAACCCCCACAGGAGGCUGCUUGGGGGGGUGGGUGGGGGCAAGGGGGAGGGGGGGAUGUGGGGAGGGGAGUGGAUCCGGUGUGGGGUGGGGAUGCAGGUCAGGGAGGGGGAGCAAGGGUGGGGCAUGGGAGGGAUCAGGGGGGAGAGGGGCAGCGUGGGGAGGGGGGCGGUGGGGGGAUGGGGGGAGGGGAGCAGCAGGAAGGGGGAGAGAGGGCAAUUGGGGCAGGCCGUUUCUUUUCCUCUUCCAUUUCGCUAAGGGGAAUGCGGUUCCGAGGAGGGGGGAGUGGGAGGGCAAGACAUGCGGGGGAAGAGGGGGCAGGGAGCGGGGCAGAACGGGGGACAGGGGGAGGGGGGGCAGGAGGAGAAGGGGGGGCGCCUGUGCAACCAAGAGAGGGGGCAGCGGCAGGAGGGAGAGAAGCAGGGGAAGAAGGAAGACGGGGAGUGGCGGGAGGAGGAGGAGGGGAGGAGGUGAGGGGCAGGCGGAGAGGGUGGAGCUUGUGGGGAGGGGGAGGGGAAGGCGCACGGGGGGGAGGGGGAGAAGGUGCGCGGGGGGGAGGGGGGGGUUGGGGGAUGGGGAUGCGGAUGGGGGUGGAUGAGGAGAGGAUGGCAGCGAUGGUGGCUCAGGUGGAAGAGGUGUUACCGCAUGUGCCCACACAUGCCAUCCGCCAGGAGUUGUUGAGAAGGCCAAAUGUGUUGCUGGCAGUCAACGCGCUCAUGGACGCAUGGUGA